AUGCCUAGGGAUCUUCUCAUGCGCCAUCGUCGACUUGACCAUCAUGAAUCAAUUGUCGAACCAUGCACGGUAAAUCUCAACCAAAAGGACGCGACAGUGACAGAAGCCAGUACAGCGGCCGAAAACCUCGAUCCAAACUCAUCACCCGUGGAGACAAGAACGAUGAAUUUCAACCAAAACGACACGCCCGAGACAGAAGAAAGACUGGCCCCAUCCCUUGACACGUCACAAUCUUCUCCAACGCUACUUCUACCGGUCACUGAACCAGCGGAGGAUUGCUCGGUCAUUCCAAGUGCUUCUGUUCCUGAGCUACCCUUCGAACACUCACAUUACACUGGGCUCAUGUCUCAUGAUCCAAUAUCCAACUUUGAUUUCAACUCUACCUAUGAGUUUGAGAUGAUGUGGAACAAUAGCAACGACAUUGCUGAUUUUUUACCUGCAACAUUUUUUGACACCGAUUUUUCAUUGUCUGAUAUCUGGCAGACAGAUAACAUUAGACUGAAUAACUCGAUGGCACCGGUUUCUCACACUGAGACAAGCAUACAACACUCGAUUCCCAGCAACUCAGAUGGAUCCCUGUCUUUUAUUUCGCUUCCAUCUCGGCUCCCUCCUUUAGAGCCAGACUCACUCUCAUCGCGCAACGAGAGACUACCUCACAACGAGUUAAACUCACCGACAGGUGUUGACCAUGCUACAGACACGGAAACUCCAUUGCCAUGGGUCAUUUCUGCACUUGCAUAUGACCGAAUUGCUGCUGGUAUCCGAAAAUACGAAAACAUUUUGCCCGCCGGGUUUCUCAUUCCGUCGAGACAUACCAUUUCCCGAUACAUUUCGGGAUAUUUCCGAGGCUUUCAUGAGCAUUUUCCUUUCAUCCAUCCCCCAACUCUCAAAAUGGACAAGAUAUCACCGGAGCUUCUCCUUGCGAUGGUUGCGAUGGGUGCAUUUUGUCGGGUCGAGAAGAGGAAGGGGUAUAAGCUAUACUUGGCCUCUAAAGCGAUCAUCUUGCAUCAACUUGAAAAGCGUACUCGGCUAUCUCUUGCUGGUCUUGCAAGGGGCUUAUCCAAUACUCCGAGCAAUAGGAGUUCUGGAUCAAAUCCCGCCAAUAUUGAUGGCCGUGAAAGGUAUGAUCCCCGCUAUUCUCCUAGCAAAACGACCACUUCUCCAUUGGGGCUACAAACACUACAAUCCCUCGUCAUUUUAAUAGCAAUGGCGAUGUGGGCUGAUAUGCCAGCGGUGCAAGAUGCUUUGUCAAUGGGAAGCCAGCUUGCGAUGCUUACCCGAGAAGCCGGGUUAGGACAGGGAGACGAGAUAAUUGGAAGAUGCGCUUGGUCAGAUUGGAUCAAUCGAGAAGAGCGUCGACGCACUCUUUUCGUUUCUUAUAUCCUUCUAAACCUCUGCAGUAUCUCCUUUGAUGUGCCCCCUUUGAUCCUGAACCAAGAAAUUCGCCUUUCGCUCCCCCACUGUAACACAGAGUGGGUGAACACAUCUGCGGCCGAAUGGCAGUACACAAGGGAAACAUACGGUCACACCGAGCGACAGUUCCAGUCAACGCUCGCGGACAUGAUGACAGGAACAGACGUCCACCAUGAAGAGCCACUUUCUGCUCUUGGAAAUUAUGCCUUGAUAAAUGCCUUGAUCCAAAGCAUAUACUUUGAGCGACAAAGCACGACUAGCCACACGAUCCGUCUGGAUAUUGUGAAGAAAUUCGAAUCUGCUCUCCAGGCAUGGCAAAGAUCUUGGGAAGCAACCCUGGAAACUUCACUUGACCCUGAAUCCCCUCGGGGACCUCUCGGAUUCAACUCGGCUGCCUUGUUGAGACUCGCAUAUCUCCGCCUCAAUGCGAACCUCGGCCCAUGUCGAAACCUAUUAUCGCAGGACCCACAAUCCAUCGCCCUUAUUUUCACAAACAACUCACCUCCAUUAUUUACACGCUCUUUACAUGUGGACCGGGCUGUCCUUCAAUGCAUCCACGCGCUCAGUAUUCCAGUGCGGGUAGGCGUCGCCUUUGCUGCGUGUACACAGUCGGUGAAUGGGAGUAUCCAACAUCCCCUCUGUACGUUAGAAUGUGCCAUUCUACUCAGUCGGUGGCUGGGUAUUAUUUCCGAUGCGAUAGAGAAGUCAGGGCUGGAGUCCCUACGAGAAGAUGAACGAAAGCUGCUGGGAAUGAUUGCCAGCCUCAUAAGAGAAACGGAUUGGGCAGAUACACUGGAGAGUAACGAGGCGGAUAGUUACUGUAUCCGUCGAAUGGCAGCGACUGUUGUGAGACUGUGGGCCGAAACAUUCCAAGGUGUGCAUAUAUUUGAAAUCGUUCGGGUCAUUGGGGAAACACUGUCGAUCGUGGCAGAAAUUCUUGAGAGAAGGCUAGAGCCACAAGAGAAACCUACUUUUAUAGGUUGA